AUAACGCACGAUGCUGUGGUAUUUUCAUUUGCCUGAUUUAGAUCUCUUCUCUUGCCUCAUCAUCCAUAUUUUACUGUUCGCUGUUUUUUUUUUUCGCCCCUUGCUUCUUUUUAAUCUCCUUUAUUCUCUCCUUGUUUUGUGUUAGCGGUAUCCGCCAUUGUAAUUGUAAUUGUAAUUGUAAUUAUUUUAAUGCGUCGUCUUGUUUUCCUGUCUUCCUCUGCUCGCUUGUUCCUCCUUAGAUUAUUUAGCUAUAAAUCGCAUAACUUACAUUGCAACAUACUUUCUGAGUUUUCUCGAUACUUUUUUCUUUUUAUCUCUCGAGGUACGGCUUCUGACCUUAAAUCACCUGAACGAAUUAAGCAUAGCCACGCUAUUUGCUAGUUUUCUUUCCCAGAGAUUCGAGGGCUUUCGACUUCGAUCUCCCGGUGGCCAAUUAUUGAUCAGUCCGGUCGAUUAUUUUGGAUUUAGUGGGCGUUGCAUAGUGGUUAAAUUUUGGGGAUUGCAUUUAGAGGGUGGGAUUUGGUCCACUGCAUGUGUGAGUCUUAAGGGGUCCUCUGCACUGCUGUGGAGGAUCCCGUGGGAAAGACUUUCCGUGAAUCAUUCUAUUUGUUGAGAUUUCUGGCUUUUAGCGGGUGUACAAGUUGGAAAGUCGCUCUAAAUUGUGGGUGUUUUUUGCGUAUUAAAUUCUGGGAAAUGUUUGCUUCAGUAGCGGAUUCAGGACGUGAAAGUAGUGGAGCGUCAGGAUCCAAUUUGAUUCCAAAGCGGUUCGUCUGGCCUUACGGGGGAAGAAGGGUGUUUCUUAGCGGCUCUUUCACAAGGUGGUCUGAACAUCUACCCAUGUCUCCUAUGGAGGGAUGUCCUACUGCAUUUCAAGUUAUUUGCAGCUUAAUGCCGGGAUAUCAUCAGUACAAAUUUAAUGUGGAUGGCGAGUGGCAGCAUGAUGAGCAUCAACCAUUUGUAAGUGGGAGCUAUGGAGUAGUGAAUACUAUUUUUUUGACUAGAGGACCAGAUGCUUUGCCUUCCAUCUUUGCUCCUGGGAUACCCGGCAGAGCCCGCAUGGAGGUUGAUAAUGAUGUCUUUGGGCUUAUGGAAACUAAUUCAAGGAUGUCAGAGUCUGAUCUGGAGGUCUCACGCCACCGUAUAGCUGUAUUCUUGUCUACAUAUACUGCUUAUGAGUUGCUUCCUGAGUCAGGCAAGGUCAUCGCCUUUGAUAUCAACUUACCAGUUAAGCAAGCAUUCCAUGUUCUUUAUGAACAGGGCAUACCCAUGGCUCCUUUAUGGGAUUUUCACAAGGCCCAGUUUGUUGGAGUGCUUAGUGCUAUGGAUUUCAUUCUAAUAUUGAAAGAGCUGGGCAAUCGGGGGUCAACUUUGACUGAAGAACAACUUGAGACUCAUACUAUAGCAGCAUGGAAAGAGGUAAAGUCACAACAACGCAGGACAAUGGACAAUGGGAGAUCGUAUCCUCAGCACUUUGUUCAUACUGGGCCUCAUGAGUGUCUGAAAGAUGUGGCUUUGAAAAUUUUACAAAACAAUGUGGCAGCGGUUCCUAUUAUUCACUCUACUUCACAGGAUGGUUCAUUUCCUCAGCUGCUACAUCUUGCUUCCUUAUCAGAUAUACUAAAAUGUAUUUGCAGGCACUUUAAGCAUUCCUCUAGUUCCUUGCCCAUUCUUCAUCUACCAAUUGGUUCAAUACCUUUGGGUACGUGGGUGCCAAGAGUUGGGGAACCAAAUAGACAGCCGCUUGCAAUGCUUAGGCCGAAUGCAUCUCUAGCUGCCGCCCUGUCUCUGUUAAUUCAAGCUUUAGGUCUUUUAUGUGAAAUUACUUCACGUUUGCAGCUGAAGUUAGUUCAAUACCGAUUGUGGAUGAUAAUGAUUCGUUGCUUGACAUAUAUUCAAGGAGUGAUAUUACUGCAUUGGCUAAAGAUAGAGCUUAUGCGCGGAUAUCCAUCGAUGAAAUUAGUGUGCAUCAGGCAUUGCUUUCGGGACAAAAUGCAAAUUCACCUUGUGGCUUUUACAAUGGUCAGAGGUGUCAUAUGUGUUUAAGAUCUGAUCCAUUGCAUAAAGUGAUGGAGCGGUUGGCUAAUCCUGGGGUUAGAAGACUUGUGAUUGUGGAGCCAGGCAGCAAGCGUGUGGAGGGGAUUAUUUCCUUGAGGGAUGUGUUCAGAUUCUUGUUGGGAUAGUUUGGUGGAUAUAUGGGCUGCCAUACACGGAGAGGGAAAGUCCACUGGAGGACUUGUUUGUUGUUUUAUUUAUGGAGUUAUCUCUGAGCUUUGCCCUGGCCUUCCUGAUCUCCUUGGUUGGACGGGCAUCUCGGCCGCGGCCCACUCAUUUUCAGUAGAGUUUGAAGAGAGAGUGAGUUCCCUAAAAGCAGGUUUCGUUUUUCUCCUUUGAACAUAACACAUCUUAACCGAAACAAUAUCUCCUUUGUGCUGGCACAUCUACAAUACCUGUGUCCUGUGCUAACAUGAUCGAGGAGAAAAGGAAAAACAAAAAACAAAAAUAAAUGAAGUAGUAGGUGAAAGAUUAAGCUGUCUACGCCACCUCAUGUCAUUCGUUCGUUGUAGGAAGUUCAUGAUGACUUGUUUGUAUUGUUUUUCCUUGCACAGAUACAGCAUUUAUCUUGACGCAUGCCUUGCAAACUUGGAAGUUAGUCACAGAACGAAUAAUCUUUUCCUUUUUCUUGUAAAUUAAAUCGAAAAUUGUGUAUGGCCAAGGGAAAAAAGGGCGGUGUCUUUGCUGCUGUUGGCAAGUAUCCAAGUUAAUGAAACCAGCAGCUAGCUCUCUUGAAACCUUAACGUUUACAUUUGGAGUGUUCGAUAGCAAAUGGGUAUAAUUGCAGCAGGUUUGAUUUUUAUGAUCCAUAAUUACUAAAAUUAAUAAGUGCAUUUUAUGUUUAUGCAUGUUUGUAAUGGAUGAAGUAUAUAGAGUUAUGUACUUUUUAUUAAUUGAAAAAUUCACAUAUUUAUGCUA